AUGCCGGUAUUACAAGAUAUGUUAGCACAAUUAGGAGCGGCCAAAAUAUUUUCAUCCUUAGAUCUACUUAGUGGGUAUUGUCAAGUACCUCUAGAUGAUGAAUCCAAGCAAUUCACGGCCUUCAGCACACAUAAAGAACAUUUACAGUUUGAAACUUACUCAGCUUCUAUUGAUAUUGAAGCUCCACCUCCAGGAGGAGUUAUGGCUUCGAAGAGACAGAGACCUCUGGGUGACGAUGCUAUCAAAGCACUUCUCUUCCAAUUUGAGAGUGACUUUGAGGACAACCUGGAGGUUCAGUCUGAAGGUGAGGAAGAGGAAUCAGCUGCCAUCUUUGUUGAGGAGGAGGACGUGGACGACCCGAAUCAGGUACAGGCUGUUGCGUUGGAAGAAGAAUAG